AAUAUUUGUCUGUCAUGCAAAAGGAGCGUAAAGCCACGCCAAGAAGGAUUGCAAUGUGAAGGUUGUUUUAAAUGGCAACAUCGACGCUGUGGUACAGGUACGUUAACUUUGUCAUUUUAUUUGUUUGUCUUUCCACUUUCCAUUAAAACGUUCCAUUUCUUUAGUACAUUUCUGUUUAGCUAUAUAAUUAGGUACAAGCUAUAAAUUUGUUAUUUCUAUAUAAAUAAAAUAAGAUUUUUCAUAUGAACAAAGAACUAGUGUUGAAUUAGAAUGUAACUGUAACAAUAGUAAAAUGCUAUAUUGACCGCAAACGUCUUACUAUAUUUACGUACUCCCUCAAAUCAAUUAUGAUGUAAUAUAUUGCGUUAUACGGUCGCCAUUUCGUCGUCCAUGACUAUAUGUGCCUUUUAGUAAUUAUUUAUCUAAAAUUUCUCAUUAUAAUCUGAGCCCUCAAAAUAUAUAUUUACGCACCAUCUUUUUUAUGUACAGGAAUAUCACGAGAUAUAUAUAGAGCAGCAGUAAAGAAUGGGACGGAAAUCGACUGGAAAUGUGAGAUUUGUGUUUGCACAACAUCUGAUACUCUGUCACCACCACCACCUAGCUUUUCUCUUCCUCAAGCGACGCCAGUACUUCGUCUUCCACCUCCACCAGGUGUUUCACUUCUACCACCACCGCCGGGAUUUUCUCUGCCUCCUCCACCGCCAACCACCAGUUCUGCUCCUCAACCACCACGACCACUGGUACAAUCACAUAGCGAGAACACGUCGUCAAGGUCACAAAUUGAUGUUGGAACGUUUGCUGUUCAACUUGAUCAGUCGAGCAUAACGGGUGAACCAAGAGCAGAGAGCACACGCCUUUCAUUUGAAUGCAAUGCAUCGCAGACCAUCGACAUUUCUGCUGUGUUGCCUGAGGUGCCAGUUUUGCCAACUCGACCAAAUAUCUCCUCAUAUGCAUUACAAGAAGAGUCACUGGUUGAAACGAGGCCGAUGGAGAUUAGUGAAACGGAGAAUUACACUCCGGAGUUUGUAGUGGUAGACCAAGGAACAGAUAGAGGGAAACCGAAGCUGAUUGAAACAAUCGGUUAUGCCUAUACCAGAAAGAAAGUGAAUGGCGACCGAAUUAACUGGACUUGCAGUGUUAGAGGAACCCACAACUGGUGCAAAGCUACAGUUAACCAAAAUGGGAAUAUCUUUUCUCGAGGCAAAGUGGAGCACAACCAUCAAGCAAAACCUGGACUGCUACAUCGAACCGAAGAAAACAAACAGGUCAAAACUCUAGCUGCGGAGCACAUUUUUCGGUCGGCAAAGGAGAUUGUUGAAAGUGUGAAGCUUGCUGCCGACCAGGUUGAAAAUAUUCAGUCUGACUCGUGUACGUUUGAUAGCUGGGCAAGGAAGGCCAAUCGACAUCGAAAGAAAUUCCGACCCGAUGAUCCCAAAGACCUGCAGUUUGAUGUUGAUGUAGAGUACUUGUGCUCGGUAGACUCGGAUGCAGAAACGUUUUUUCCAAGCGUCAGUCCGUGUCAACGAACAGCGGCAUCUGAUUUUUGCAACGCCAGCUCAAGUUCAUCAGCUGGCCCAGGCGAAAACAUGAUUUCAGGGCAGAAUGGAAACACACUGAGGCCUACAAGCUGGAAGGUGGUGAUGAUUUUGUCUCGAGGUUUUCAAGUUCAGUUGGUGCGCACCGGAGAUCUGUCUUGGUUUAAUGUGGAAGCUAUGCAUGCCACGUACUCCACCCAAUGUUUUCCAUAGCAUCCAGAACUAUAUAUCUGAUGAUGGCGAUAUUGUGUCCAGUACGAUAUCGAAUGGUGGCGAUAUCGUGUCAGUAUAUCGGAUGGUGGCGAUAUCGUGUCCAGUACGAUAUCUGAUGAUGGCGAUGUCGUUUCCAGUACGAUAUCUGAUCGUACAACCCACCCACUUAUUGAUAAGGCACCUGCCUAAUUAAUGAUCAGGGUACUAACAAUGAAGACAGAACAAUACUCUAAAAACAUACCUCUGCUGAUUGCAUUUGUACUGGCUUGAUACUUCUGUCUUCGACACACUCCCAGUGAACUCGGUUAAAGAAUGGGCCCAUGACAGACGUGCUUGACCUUUUGGUGGAUGUAAACACAUGUCAAAUGGUUGAUUGUUUGAUUCACUUCUAAUAUUAUAGUAAAUUAAUUAAAUGUG